AUGUCCUAUAUCACUUGCCUAGGCUCCAGUGCCCUGUCCGACUUCCGGAGAAGAGCUCUUGCUAGCCAGCUUCAUGUCAAUGAUGUCCGCGCUCGAUGGGUUCACUUCGUGGCACUACACGGCGGUGACGUUACUAAAGACUACAAUCAAAAUGAUCUCAUCGAAAUGCUCACUUAUGGCGAUGAGUAUCUCGAAGAAGACGAGGACGGGGUUGAUACUACUACAUGGUUUGUACAUCCGAGAAAGGGCACUAUAUCUCCAUGGUCCUCCAAAGCGACAUCUAUCGCCGAAGUCUGCGGUUUCGGGAGCGUCGUCAAGCGGAUCGAGAGGGGGACGAUUUUCAAGAUCUCAUCGGACGUAGAAUUUGAUGUUUCAAAAGCUAAGAAAGAGUUGCAUGACACGAUGACGCAAGAUCUGAGCACAAAUAUGCCAGAUCUCGAAACAAUGUUUGGAGAACAUACUCCUGCUCCCGCCAAGGUCAUUGAUCUCUUCGUUGAAGGCCGCGAUCCUCACGGAACUCUCCGGGAGGUCAACAGGACUAUGGGGCUGGCGCUUGACGACUCAGAAAUUGAAUAUCUGGUCUCCAAAUUCACAGGCGACGGCGGAUUAGGGAGGUCUCCCUUUGAUGUGGAGCUCUAUAUGUUUGCUCAGAUCAAUUCAGAACAUUGUAGGCACAAGCAGUUCAACGCUUCAUGGACGAUUGAUGGCGUUAAGAAGGAUUUCUCUCUCUUCUCUAUGAUUCGUAAUACCAACCAAAAAUCCCCUACAUACGUGGUCAGUGCCUAUAGUGAUAACGCAGCCGUACUCGAGGCGCAGGAAGACCAGAAUGCGACCUUUUUUGCCCCGCUAAACGAGUCGAAGGAGUGGACACAGAUAAACGAGCGUGUGUACUAUGUUAUAAAGGCCGAGACCCACAAUCAUCCAAGUGCAAUAUCACCAUUUGCUGGGGCCGCAACAGGCGCGGGUGGGGAAAUCCGCGAUGAAGGAGCCGUGGGUAGGGGUUCCCGCCCAAAGGCUGGACUGACUGGCUACAAUGUAUCAAACCUCCUAAUCCCAGGUUUCCAACAGCCUUGGGAGUUAGAAGACGUCUCAAGACCUGGCCAUAUUGCCAGCGGUCUCGACAUAAUGCUUGAGGGUCCGAUCGGCGGUGCCUCAUUUAAUAACGAGUUCGGUCGUCCAUGUAUCACAGGUUACUUUCGAACGUUUCUUGCCCAAAUCCCACUAAUCGACGGAAGUGAAGAACUUAGGGGGUAUCAUAAGCCAGUAAUGCUCGCUGGAGGUUUGGGAACGGUACGGCCAUUGCAUGCUCUCAAAGACGCCUCAAUUGUCCAACCGGGGUCAUUUAUUAUCGUGCUAGGGGGACCCGCAAUGCUAAUAGGCCUUGGAGGUGGGGCCGCAAGCUCUCAGACCUCAGCUGAAGGCUCUGCAGAUUUGGACUUCGCCAGUGUGCAACGUGGAAAUGCAGAGGUACAGAGGAGGGCACAAGAAGUCAUCAAUUCCUGUGUAGCCAUGGGUUCAGAAAAUCCUAUACUCUUCAUACAUGACAUAGGAGCUGGAGGGCUAUCAAAUGGUAUUCCAGAGCUGGUGCACGACUCGCGGUUGGGUGCAAAGAUGGAACUGAGAGAGGUUGAUAAUGCGGACCGUGGCUUGAGUCCGCUGGAAAUAUGGUGCUGCGAAGCUCAAGAACGAUAUGUAAUAGCAAUUUCUCCGGCGAGUAUCAACGCAUUUAAGGCAAUUGCCCUCCGUGAAAGAUGCAGCUACUCGGUCGUGGGGAAGACUGACGGCAAAAAAGGAGGAAGAGAGAACAGACUCCUUUUAACUGAUCGAGAAUCGAGUGAACAUAAAGAACCAAUCAACCUUCCCAUGGAGACACUUUUCGGCAAGCCGCCGAAGCUGUCUCGCGUCGUGGAAUCUCGAAAGUCUCUCGCUACCAUCGUUCGACAGCAGCCUAGCGACCUACCUACCCAAGAUGGAAAGCGGCUUCCUCGAAGUAGCCAUUCAGAGAGUGCUAAAUUUACCCUCGGUAGGGUCGAAGUCUUUCCUGAUUACGAUAGGAGACCGAUGGUUGGGCCUUUCCAAGUCCCUGUGGCCGAUGUUGGGAUAACAGCGACUUCCCUGAAGCUUGGAAUGAUUACUGGGGAGGCGAUGGCGAUGGGCGAGAGACCCAUACUGGCACUGAUAUCUCCAGCUGCGUCGGCACGUAUGGCAGUAGCAGAAAGUCUUAUGAACAUCGCUGCAGCAGACGUUCUUCUUGAACGAGUGAGUCUUUCGGCAAAUUGGAUGGCCGCUGCUAGACAUCCCGGUGAAGCUGCCGCUCUUUACGACGCUGUUGAGGCGAUUGGCAUGCAGCUUUGUCCUGAAUUGGGUAUUAGUGUGCCUGUCGGCAAAGACUCCACGAGUAUGUCGAUGUCUUGGAAAGAUAAGCACUCGCAAGAGGAAAUAAAGGUCACGGCACCCUUAUCCUUGGUCAUCUCGGCCUUUUCUCCCGUGAAGAACACUCGCCAUUGGACGCCAACUCUGCGACGUCCUGAAGAGCAGGAUAUUGGCGAGACGAUCUUGCUUCUGGUCGAUCUGGCCGAAUCACGACAAUGUCUUGGUGGUUCCGCAUUGGCACAGGUCUUCGGUCAGGUGGGGAACGAGGCGCCCGAUGUCCGUAACGUCCAGUUGCUCAAGGACUACUUCGACGCCAUAGAACAGCUUCACGAAGCUGGUGUCGUCCUUGCAUACCACGAUCGAAGUGAUGGCGGACUCUUCACUACGGUCGUCGAAAUGAUGUUUGCCGGGCACUGCGGAGUCAGCCUAAUGGUUGAUGCUGUUUGCCAAAAAACCGACACUGCCCAUGUCCUAAGUUCUCUCUUCAAUGAAGAGCUGGGAGCCGUCUUUCAAGUCCGCAAGCGUGACGAGAUUCAUUUCCAUAGAUGCUUCGCAACAUGUGGACCACCAUCAAACCUGAUUAAGAAGAUUGGCCGCGUGGCUCCUGCUUCCCAGCAAGACCUCACCAUCUACCACGGUUCUCAACUCGUGUACCGACAGAGUCGCACAUUGCUUCAGCAGACAUGGUCGGCAACGUCGCAUCGAAUGCAACGCCUCCGUGACAACCCAGCUUGUGCGGACGAGGAGUUCAACAAAAUACUCGACUCAUCUAGUGCUGGACUUUCCUACAACCUGACUUUCAACCCCAAGGAUAAUAUCCUACCUUUCACUAGCAAAUUGCCCAACAUUUUCUCGUUGAACAGCAAGCCAAGAGUCGCUAUUCUCCGCGAGCAAGGGACUAACGGGCAAUCUGAAAUGGCCUUUGCCUUCAUGACCGCUGGCUUCACCGCGAUUGACGUGCACAUGACCGAUCUCAUCUCCGGCAAGAUCGCGUUAUCCAACAAUUUUGUGGGCCUGGCUGCAUGCGGCGGUUUUUCUUACGGCGAUGUUUUAGGCGCGGGCCGUGGCUGGGCUUCUACCGUCCUGCUCAACCCCAAGGUCCGCGAAGAAUUCCGAGCCUUCUUCGAACGCAAGAAUACUUUCACUCUGGGAGUCUGUAACGGAUGCCAAUUCCUCUCUCGGCUCCAAAGCAUCAUUCCCGGCGCAGAAGGCUGGCCCACCUUCGAGACGAAUAUCUCCGAGCAAUACGAGGCAAGAGCGUGCAUGGUCAAGAUCACGGACUCUGACACCGCGCCUAACGUCUUUCUGCACGGCAUGCACAACAGCGCGCUUCCCAUCGUGGUAGCCCACCGAGAAGGCCGCUCAAGCUUCAAAGCUCCCUCGUCUGCGCAGAAACUGGUGGCUAGUGGGAGGGUGGCAAUAAGAUACGUAGACAACAACACCCUCGGACCUACGGAGAAAUAUCCGGAAAACCCGAACGGCAGUCCGUUAGGUAUUGCAGGGAUCAGCUCUAGCGAUGGAAGAGUCCUGGCGAUCAUGCCGCACCCGGAGCGAUCGUUCGCAAGCUGGGUCCCGGACGGCAAGAAGGAAGAGUGGGGAGAUGUACUCCCUUGGCAGCGACUGUUCUACUCGGCUCGGCGCUGGGUGUCCAUAUAG